UGCUCUAAAACAAUAUCUUGUCAGAUGAUUCUCUGUUUUAUCCUCGCGAUUAGCUUCCGAUUUUAGCAAAAAGGUACGGGGACUCGCAGUAUUUCAGACGCAACAUUACUUAUGAAACAAGCGAUACAUUCAAAGUGUAUUCCGGGGUUAUCCUCUAAGCAAUGUGAAAUCUGUGUUCGAGAUAGUCUGAGAGACUACCAGAAUUGCUGCAAUGGGUUUAUGGGUGGAACCAUUCGCAAACCGGUGUGCUAUUUCCUGUGGGAUGGUUAUGCAUAUUUUGGUGCCUUUAAUGAUACGCCAUCUGCACCUACCCAAGAAUCUCAACCCGGGCCGAUUCUUUCUCCUCCUACUCCACCUCCUCUUACUACUGGAGCCAUUGUGGGGAUUGUCGUCUCCACAGUUAUAUUUGUGGUGCUGGUCAUUUUAGGAUUAUUUAUUUGGAAGAAAAAACAAUCAUACAAAACAUUAAAACCUCAAACUGAUGAUGACAUGACAAGUCCACAGUCCCUGCAAUUUGAUUUUGGGACAAUCGAAGCGGCAACAGAUGGAUUUUCAAGGAACAACAAGUUAGGUCAAGGUGGAUUUGGUGAAGUUUACAAGGGAACAUUAUUAGAUGGAACUGAAGUUGCGGUGAAGCGCCUAUUGCGAAAUUCAGGGCAAGGCACACAAGAGUUCAAGAACGAGGUUGUGAUCGUGGCUAAGCUUCAGCACAAGAACCUUGUUAGGCUUCUAGGGUUUUGCGUGGAAGGAGAUGAACAGAUACUUGUCUACGAGUUCGUUCCCAACCAGAGCCUUUAUUAUUUCCUCUUUGACCCAACAAAGAAGAGUCAGCUAGACUGGAAAAGUCGGUACAACAUCAUUGGUGGGAUUACACGAGGGCUUCUCUAUCUUCAUCAAGACUCAAGGCUCACCAUCAUUCACCGUGACAUCAAAGCAAGUAACAUUCUUUUAGAUGAGCAUAUAAACCCUAAAAUAGCGGAUUUUGGAAUGGCAAGGAAUUUCAGAGUGGACCAAACGGAGGACAUGACAGGAAGAGUCGUUGGAACCUUCAGUUACAUGCCUCCAGAGUAUGUGACACAUGGCCAAUACUCUACCAAAUCUGAUGUCUAUAGCUUUGGAGUAUUGGUUUUGGAGAUUAAUCUCCCGCAGACGGCAGAUCGACCAGAAAUGUCUACAAUCUUUCAAAUGCUUACCAAUAGCUAUAUUAUUCUACCUGUGCCUCGGCCACCUGGCUUUUUCUUCAGGAACGGACCCAAUUUAGACCAUUUAACGUAUGGAUCCGAGCCGGGCCAAUCCAGCAGCAAGUCCGUUCCUUCACUCACGUCAACGCGCUACAAAAUAUAA